CCCAUGGUGUUGCUUUGCCUUGCUAAGCUAUGCCUGGUCCUCUCUCUCGCACAGGGGACGUUUGCCAGCCCCAUUCCCCACUCAGAUUUUAAUAAAGUCCAGAAGGGAUCUUGGGGGGCUGCUGCAAGCAAACGUGCUGACUUUGGUGUGGGACUAGUGCCACCGGUGACAGCAGCACCCUACCACCACCCCAGGGCCAGUGGCUGUCAGGGGCCAGGACCCCACUUCCCUGCCAGGAUGCUCUCUGGUGGCUGCCUCUGGCCUCACCUCCAGUCCCUCUGGGGUCAGGUUAUUUUUUGAAGCAUUCCAAGGACACGGGUUGUUGUUGCCGAUAAGCAGCGAGGGGCAGCUCCGCCCCAGCAGGAACAGCCCAUCAGCUGGCUUCUCAUCCGCCCCAGAAGACAUCAUCCCAUCUCAGCGAGCGGCGCCCUUGCAAUCCUGCUGCGGGCAGGUCCCCACGAUGCCACGCUCGUGCAGGCUGGUGGUCUACAUGCUGCUGGGGCUGGGGUCGCUGCUGGUCAGGGGGCUGCCCCCACCCUGCCCCCCUGCCUGCCAGUGCUACGACACCUCCAAAGUCUUCUGCUCAGAGGAGACCAUGCGGGAGAUCCCGGCGGACCUGCCAGGGAACGCCACCCAGCUCUUCUUCGUGGAGACGGCCCUGACCAGCAUCCGCAGUGGGACCCUGGGCUCCAGCACCACCCUCACCAAGCUGGUCUUCCUCAAAAACAACAUUGAGGAGCUGGAGGCCGGCGCCUUUCAGGGGCUGCCCAACCUCGUGGAGCUAGAGGUGUCAGGAAACCCCUUGCCAGCGGUCAGCCCGGGGGUGCUGGUGGGGCCGCCCAGCCUCAGCAAGCUCUCCCUGGGGGCCAACGCCAUCCGCUCCCUGCAGCCGGGGCUCUUUGCCGCUGCCUACCGCCUGCAGGACCUGCGCUUGCCAGGGAACAAGAUUGAGGCGCUGCUCCCCGGCAUCUUCCGCCCGCUCCGGCGCCUCCAGACCCUGGAUCUCUCGCAGAAUGCCCUGGCUGAGCUGCCGGCCGGGGCCUUCGCCAGGCUGGGGGGGCUGCGGCGGCUGCAGCUGCAGCACAAUGCCCUGGGCAGCCUGGCCCCCAACACUUUCGCCGGUCUCCUCAACCUCACCUUCCUCAGCCUGGAGGGCAACCGCCUGGCCACCCUGCCCACCGCCCUCCUUGCCAGCACCCCUCACCUCCUCCACCUCUCGCUGGCCCACAACCAACUGGAGACGCUGCCCCAGGGGCUCUUUGCCAACCUGUCGGUGCUGCAGACCCUGGCGCUCUCCCACAACGCCAUGGUCCAUCUCCCCGCCGGGGUCUUCCAGGGGCUGGAGGGGCUGGGGGGGCUGCAGCUGAGCCACAACAACCUCUCCAGCCUGCCGGCAGGGCUGCUGGCUGGGCUGCCUCUCCUGGCCUCCCUGGCACUGGACCACAACCACCUGGCUCAUUUGCCCCCGGGGCUCUUUGAUGCCAAAAUGGAGCUGGUGCAGGUGGGGCUGGCGUACAACCCUUGGGCCUGUGACUGCCGCCUGGCCUAUCUCCUGGGCUGGCUGCAGAGCUUUGCUGAGCCCCUCACCCACGCACAGGCCUCCUGCGCUAGCCCGGCUGCCCUCCAGGGACAGUCCCUGCUGGAGGUCCCCCAGGGGCGGCUGGAGUGCCCAGGAGAGCCCAGCAUCCCACCAGAGGAGGGCUGGGACAGGGUGCUGGGGGAGGAUGCUCCGGGGCAGUGCACCUACAGCAACCCCGAGGGCACAGUAAGCGUGGCCUGCAAUGCCACCAGCUGCCAGCAGCUCAGCCUUCGCCUCCCUCCUCUUCCUCCUCCCUGGCAGGCGGUGGGGCCGGGGCUGGUGUUCCAGGGUGCCUGGGUGCUGCGCUCCCGCUGUGGCACACUGCAGGUCAGCAUCCUUGUCACGGCGCAGAGUGGGGAUGAGGCCAUGUCCCCAGGUCCCCCUCCCGCGCCCUAGGGCUCCAGCAGGCGCCUGCUUCUGCUCUGCUCUUGCAUUGGCAACCUCCGAACCAGCCUGGGAACUGGCUCCCCCUCUCGCUCUGCUGCCCCUACCGUGGUCACCGGCUGUCACCGAGCUCUCCGCAAGACCUGGCCCGGCGGUAUUUAUUCUCCCAGCUAUGUGUUACCUGUGUAUUUUAAAUAUCAUUAAAAUGUAGAUAUUAUUUCUGUGCAACCAGUUCCCGUGGUGGAGAGAGGAAACACUUCCCCCCCCAUCUCUGCCUGCGUAUUUGGGGGAAGCGAAUGUCACUGUGGUGCAACGGGGUCUUGGCUGGAGCUUGUGUGUGGUGUCCCAUGGAUGCAGAUGCCUGGUGUUGCAUAGGUGCUGCUCUCUGGCAUUCUCAUCUCUUCCCCCCUGC